AUGGCAGGCCAUGAUGUCGUUGUGAGCGUCCAAGCUAUCAAAAAACGCCGCCGUGUACACCCCGUUCGUCGUGUCGCUCGACUCGUCAUCAAGGCGUGUAGCAGCCGGCCUAGCGGACAUCCAGGUGCUGAACAACAUACAUGUCGCGGCCCGUCUUUUUUUCAUAAUCUUCUGCCGGUUUUGGAGCCGUUUUUUACGUUUGAUCCCAAGUUGUUGUUCAUUGAAGACCACAUCCUCGGACGGAAACAAGCUCUUUCAAAUGCUGACUCGUUUCAAGUGCCGUCGACUCUUGAGGAGCUGAGGAGCUGGAUUGAAAAGGCAGCGGCGCCUUGCGACUGCGAUGAAUGCGCCCCGGAGCUGUACCAACUCGGUGAACGUAGCUCGCAUGGCACGAUACGCUACCAGAGUCACUCUCUGAGUAAUGGCCGAUUACCUCGAUUUUCCCAUGUACACGAGUCGCCCAGUGGACCCCUACCAGAGCUCUCGCUGCGAUUCUACGGAGAGUACGAGGCAAUGCGUCUCGUCCGCCACCACGUAGCCUGGUUGGAAAGCACCUACCUACAUAACACAUCCAGCAAAGACGACGCACCGCCCGUACUCCAACUCAAAAGCCUCCUAAAAACCUGGGAACCCCAUUUAAGCAGCCCAGACCUACGACAAAGCCUAUCAGCAGCCCAACUCCAGCACCUCUUCACGCAUCUAAACCACAUCUUCUUUUUCAACGCCAUCCCCCCGCACAGACGCGCCUUCUCAACAGGCUUCUCCUGGCUCCCCGAAUCCUCCCAGAACUGCUUCGCGAUCGCGUCUUUCAAUCCCCUCAUCGGCACACAGAUUCUACUCCACCCCAUCUUAUACCGCCACAACAAUGCCCCUGCCGACGUCAAUGUGCGGUGGAGAAAUCGCCUCGGCACGCUGUUACAUGAGUUGUGCCAUGCGUUUCUCAAGGCGUAUACGUGUCGAGCGUGUCCGAUGCAUGAUCACUGCGUUGGUGCGCGAGGUCAUGGGCGCGCGUGGCAGGUUCUUGUCAACGCGGUGGAGAAAGUGGCCUCGAGGUUGAUGGGGGGAUAUGUAGAUAUGGGGCGUUUUGCUUCGAUUCUUCAUGAUUUCGAGGGGAACGGGAAGUUGCCUAGUAGGCAUGAUUUGGAAAUAUAUGGGUUGGGAGAUGGACGAAGAGAGCGGGAAAAGGUGGCUUGA